AUGGUGCCGGCCUGGCAGCAUGCCUACGAGCACCCGCACCGGCUCGCGCUGGCGCUCUUCUACGCCAUGGACGCGCUGAGCAUCUGCUUCAAUUUGGCGACGAUGGCGCUGUCGACGUGGUGCAUGGUCAACGGGCCCAUGCUCGCGAUCCGCGGGCCGCUGCGCGGCCCGUCGGGGAGCAUGGGCCGGGCCGUCGCGGGCAUGUACGCGGAGCGCAAGUGGGCCCUGCGGAGCUUCUGGACGGGCAACCUGAGCAUCCUCCUCGCGUCCGUGGCGCUGGGCUGGGUCAAGUUCGAGGUCGAGAUCGCCGUCGCCAUCACGGUCAUCAUCGCCUUCUUCGUCUUCCUGCUGGGCUACUACAUCAAGCAGGUCACGCGGCCGCGCUUCCGCCUCCCGGCGAACACGGUGGGCAAGCGGCCCCAGACGCGGAAUCCCGAGGAGGAGGCGGACCGCGCGCCCCGGGGCCUCAUCGGGUCGGGCGACUUCGACGACCUCGAGCGCGCGGCGAGCCCGGCGAGGCCCCGGCUCGGCGCGAG